UUUAGAAUGCUAUCGUGACAUGCAAAACAUCACAAAUCCGUGAGACGAAAGAUAGAGAGCGGUUAGUCCUAAAAGUGCGGAUAUAGUCAAAUGCAAACAGUGCAAGGUUGGAUCAUUUAAAACAGGGCAGGCGUAAGAAGACAGCCUCUAGUGAUCGCUCCAGCUGUGGUUCUUCUUAAAUUAGUUGCAGAUAAAGAAAGACAGUGGCAAAACUUCUGCUACAGUACCUUCUACCUUUUUGCUAAAAUCGGUUGUUCAUAAUUAGAAUGUUACGUGUUUUAGCAUUUUACCAAAGAACUGUUCAUUGGAUCUGAUUUACAUUGUGCAACGACUGCUAGCAUUGUUAAGCGUAUGGACCUAAGAGAACAUUCAAAAUUCAGUCAUCUAAAAAGUGAAGAGUGAUCGCAUCUUUUACUAGAAAAAAAAGCUAUGGAAUUUUUUAUAGCACAUCUUUUCCGUUCGUUAAUGGUUGUGACUUUGUUUAUGCAAAGGGUAGAUUCAAAUGAAAUUUUGGGACUGAAGAUCCCAUUUGAUCCAAUUCUCAAUGCAAAUACGGUGUGCUUGACUCUCCCUGGUUUGACACGACGGCAACUGGAUGUUUGCAUGCGGAAUCCGGAUGUCACAGCAUCUGCAAUUCAAGGGAUCCAGAUUGCUAUCCAUGAAUGCCAGCACCAGUUUAGAGGUCACAGGUGGAACUGCUCCAGUCUCGAAACAAGGAACAAGAUUCCAUAUGAGAGUGUCGUUUUCAGCAGAGGCUUCAGGGAGAGCGCCUUUGCAUAUGCCAUUGCGGCAGCAGGUGUGGUCCAUGCAGUGUCCAAUGCCUGCUCCAUGGGGAAGCUGAAAGCCUGCGGCUGUGAUGAGAAAAGGAGAGGGGAUGAAGAGGCUUUUCGGGUCAAGUUGAACCGGCUGCAGCUUGAAGCCAUAAACCGAGGGAAAGGCAUGGUUCAUGGUGUCAUGGAGCACAUCCCAGCUGAUGCCCCUGGGCCCCAGGACUCUUGGGAAUGGGGGGGCUGCAGUCCCGAUGUGGAAUUUGGAGAAAGGUUUUCUAAGGACUUUCUGGAUUCGAGAGAAACAUACAAGGAUAUCCACGCAAGGAUGAGACUUCACAACAAUAGAGUUGGCAGGCAGGUGGUGAUGGACCACAUGAAGAGGAAAUGUAAAUGCCAUGGAACAUCGGGAAGCUGUCAACUAAAAACCUGUUGGCAGGUUACACCGGAGUUCAGAGUUGUUGGGUCCCUUCUCAAGGAGAGGUUCAAGAUAGCGACACUAAUCAAAGCCCACAACAGAAACACGGGCCAGGUAGAACAUGCCCACCCGCCACAUCGACGGAGGGCCAGCAUCAACGAGCUGGUCUACUUCGAAAAGUCGCCCGAUUUUUGCGAGAGACAGCCGGAGUCGGAUUCUGCUGGGACACAGGGAAGAAUCUGUAAUAAAACCAGCACAGAGAUGGACAAUUGUGAAAGUCUCUGCUGUGGAAGAGGGCAUAACAUCUUGCAGCAGACCAGAAGUGAAAGGUGCAAUUGCAAGUUUCACUGGUGUUGUUAUGUCGUAUGUGAGGAGUGCAGAAUAACAGAAUGGGUUAGUGUUUGCAAAUAGUAAUAAAAAAAAAACAUUUCAUACCAAGGGAAGUGACAUGUAUGGACUGCUAGACACUCUUUCCUUUGCUGUGGACUGCCAUUUCCAUUUUUAGAUUUGGAAGCACAAAAUAUGACUGGAACAUGUGCAAGUGGAAAGUACAUGUGCAAUGUACACAGCAUGAAUUAUAACACUAGAAUAUGGAUUGAUUCUUUAAAUCUGCACUGUGUUUUUUUAAGUGUUCUUAAGUUAAAUAAUUUAAAUAAAACAAUACUUUUUAUCAAGAACUGAGCACUACUUAGUAUUUAAAUAGGGUUCUAAAAUGAAAAAAAUGUAUAAAUUGUUGAAAGGUGUUGUACGUAACAUGUAUUUUACAAAGCAAUGGACUGGGAUUAUGAUACUGUAAAAGAGGAAUAUGACUAAACAAGCAGACAUGGAACAGCAGGUAUGGCCAUCUAUGGAAUCUGCCUUCCUUGUUUGUAAUGUAUUCCCAACACCCCAACACAAAAGCCUGUAAUUUAAUAAAUUCACACAAAUAUAAACCACACAUAUUUGUUUAGAAGGCAUUUAUAGAAACUAAAUUACGUACUGCAAUACUUUGUCACCAAAGUGUUUUUGUUUUUAGUUUGGCAGAUGUUUUUAUUAUCCAAAGCAUCAAGCUUUGUUCAGGAAAUCUCAGAAAGUAAGUUGAUGCGCCCAGUUGCUUUAAUGGAAUUAAACGUGUAGAGGGCCAGGCUAUUGAAAAAUGCAGUUUCAGAGUUUGCAGAUUUAACCCCACAUGAAAGAUGAAUGUGCUAGUAUGGGACUUCGGAUCUUUCUUCCACUUUAACAAGGUUACAGAGCUAUCAGAUGUGGCAUUUUCCCUUUGAAGAUUUCUCCAUACAGUUUCUCUCAAAGAUUACAUAAUACCCGUUGACGUUUAUUGUACAGAAAUGAAGUAAGUAACCUGUCGGUGGCAAAAUCUGUGAAUUCUGGGAUUGCCUUUUAUGGAACCUGGUUUGUACUGUACAUGACCUUUAUUUUGACGAUAUAAUGUGUAACCAUUUGGGAAUAAUAAACAAGGGAUUGUUGGAUGUAACUAUAUAGUUACUUUGUAUAUCAAAGACAUUCAAGAAAACAGGAUCUAUGUCUAUGGACUGUGAGCACGUGUCCUUGUUAUGCAAUUUAAUCAUUUGCACAGCUCUGACAUAUUUUCUGCAGUACAAACUGAGCAAUGGACUACAGAGUUUGGUGGGUUAAAAAAACCCAUGAUGCCUCAGAGAACAGUUCAUCAUUGUAUGAGUUUUUGUUUUCACUUUGUCAAGUUUAUUGUACUAUAACUUAUUUUAUUUUGUGAAUAACCUAUUAUUUGUAAACCUAAAUGUCUUGAGUGAAAAUACUGGUAAGUAUUAAAGGGAUUUAAAUGGUGACAAUGUUUAAAUGGUGUUGUUUCGUAAAACAAAUGAUCCAAAUCUGCGUUUUUGGAAAAUAAAUAUUGACCUUGUUUUUAUACAAAUUUUUUAUCAUGUUUGGCUUAUAAACUUGCAGUACUUAAAAUGGCAUUUAAAAUUUAAAUGUAAAGUAUACAGUUAGUGUGUUGUAUACGGCAAAACAUAAAUAUUUCUUUACAUGUAUAUUUAAAUGAAAUUUUAAAAUCUAUCCAAUUUUAAAAUAUAAAAUGUUUACCAUUUAAAAAAAUAUAGUGCCUUUUAAAUCCAAAAUUCAUUAGAUCCCCAUAUUUGUAUUGCUCAUCUGUAUGUCUGUGAAAAGGUCAUUGCUUUUCCCUUAAAGCUGUAUAGACGGUAGCAUUCCUAUUUGAAAUUGGAUCAAAAAGGCUGAUACAUAUCCAACAACCAUAAAAAGACUAAUAAAGUGAGACCUGUAUUUUCAAAAUAAAUAUGCAUACCAUUCUGACAUUAACAUUAGGCUCUCCACGAUGUAGUAAAUCAAUUUCUGUAUAAUUGUCCUUUAUUUACAGAUUUAAUAUAUUGUUUCUUUUGAUCAUUGAAUUUAAAACUACUUUUGUUAAAGACAACAAUAUAGAACUUCCAGGUAUCCUUGAGGAAAUUAACAGUCCGCUGAAGAAGAUGAAGAAACGUAUCAGCUGGAGAAGGCAGUGGGGUAUGAUAUGCACAGUGUGAUGUGCUGAGGUAUGUAGACAUGAAAACAUCUUUUUGACUGAGAGAUGAAUUCACAUGCAGGCAUAUACUGUAGUUGCCUUUCCACUAAAAUUUUAUUUUCGAAUAAACUCUUUCAAAAACUAAACCAGUGA